AUGGAAUUCUCGAUAUUAACAACUUGGGAUGAUAAGCCAAUCGAUCAUGAAGCGACUAUUAUAAAAUUGCAUUCUGAAGAUGAUGUUGUGAUUAUGGAAAUAAAAGCUCCAUUUUAUGAUGAUCCACCACCAAAUCCCAGGGGGACUGAUAAAUCCUUUAACAAAUUGUGGGAUUAUGAAGUCGUUGAAGCAUUUUUUCUUGGAAAAGCUGAAAAAUACCUUGAGCUAGAGUUUUCUCCAAAAACUCCUCCUACUUGUUUUUUUGUAAACUCUUUUUCAACAACUGUACAAGCUGGCAGCUUACAGUUGUUGCAAUUAUGCUAA